AUGGCGCGAUACACUGAAUCAGGAGUCACCUACAUAUACGAUGCCACCCUUCGGAUAUGGUCUGCUGCUUUAGCGUACUGUCGUCAGUAUUACACAGACCUGGCGAUGAUUGAGGACUCUGCAACAUAUGAUAAAGUCGUGCAGUCCAGACCUUCUGUUAAUACCUGGAUUGGACUCAGCCGACAGGCCUGGGUGUGGGCAAAUGGGUCCUUACUCACAGUCAACAACUGGCAGGGAGGAAAACCUACUGGAAACGGCACUCAAUUCUGUGUGACGGAGGAGGAAACAACUCAUCAGUGGAAAACGGACGUAUGUGAAAAUCUCAACCCCUUCAUCUGCCACAAAGCAUAUAAAGAACUGAUGAACAAAGUCAAAGUGACUCUUCAGAGCAGUCCAAACCUGGAAAAUCCAACUCUCCACAUCCAGAUCCUGCAGAAGCUAGUGGAGGCGCUCAGAGCUUCAGGUUACCACAUCUAUAAAGUGGAAUGGAGCAUCAACCCCUGGAUACAGAGAUAA